UUCUAUUCUGUUCUAUGGCGGAGAUCCGUUUUGCUGAAUUCACGGUAACCAUUUUCAUUUCAGAUUCUGGCUCCUAAUUUCUCAAUAUCGACCCGACCCGACUGCAAUUCGGAAUUCUGCAGGUUUGUCAUUGGAAAAAGAUAAAAGGAGAGAAAACCGAACAAUAAUGGAUCCCAUUUCAACUUAUAACAGUAAUGUCGGUAAUCCAGAGCUAGUCCGCUUCCAUGAGUGUACAACUUCUGAUUCCAAGGACAUGGGAGAAAUCGGAAUCUCCAUGGAAAAUUUGACUGAAAUAGACCUAAAGUUGGCAUACUCAUCAGAGAAGUUACUAAAUUUGGAAAGUCUUUUACUGUACGUAUUAUCAUGGGAAAACGAUUACGAAGCACUGGCUGCUGAUGAUGUUUCGGAGGAAUUUGUAGAGAAAUCGCUCACAAUCGAUCUUUUAUUUAGUUUAUUGGAUUCUGAGGUUAAAGAUCUUGACUGUUCAAUGGAUUCCAUUGAAGUUGAGCUUGUGCAUACCCAUCAAAGACUCUCUUCAUGUAAACAUCUUGGAGAACUUUUCUCCAUUGUUGAAGGGAAAUUGCAUGAUUCUGAGGAUUCUCUAAAGAAAUCACAAGAACAUGUUCUAGAGAUGAAAAUGAAGUUGGCCAAACUGCAAAUGACAUCAUUAGCCUUCAAUCAUAAUGAAUGUUUCCCAGAAGAUCAAAUUUCAGAUAUCGAAGUGAAACCAAGACUGCAAAUGAUGGAUAAAGUACAUGUUCUUAGAAUGCUGGAAAAAUCUUUGUCAAGAGAGCUUGAUCUGGAGAAGAAACUGACAGAAUCAAAGCAAGAUGAAGAAGAUCUGAAGCUAAAAUUACGGUUAACAGAACAAGUAGCGUUCAUUAUGGAAGAGGCAGCAGAGGUGGUCUGGGGUCGGUUUUUGGAGGCAGAAAAUGCUGCUGUUGUACUAAUGGGAAUUUCAAGAGAUCUGGUAGCUCAACAUCAACUCGUUCAGUUCAACCUCAAUGGAUUUAAUAAUAGAGAAGAUGUGUUCAGAUCAAAACUCGACAACUGCAUCAAACUGUUGAACAUGAAAGAUUCUUCUAUAGAAAAACUCAAUAGCAGGAUCACACAGCUUGUUGCUGAUAAUCUUGAAGUCUCAACUUUGAGGGAAAAGGUCAAAUCUUUAGAAGAAAAGGUCAAGGAAUCUGAAUCUAAUCUGAAGAAGGCAAACGCAUCAAACGAAUCAAUUCAAGAACGGGUUAGAGAAAUGGAAAGCAUUAUAGAGUCGUUAAAAGAGAACGUUUACACAGCAGAAAACAGGGCUGAUGUAGCCGAAGGGAAGGUAGCUCAGUUGACAGAUUCCAACAUUGAAUUAAGUGAAGAGUUGGGUUUCCUUAAAGGAAGCCAUGAAAAUAACUCGAAAAAGAUGAGUUUAUUGGAGAAACAAUCAAGGGAACUAGAGCUUCAACUGCAGCAUGCAAAGGUAUCCUCUGAAUCUGGGCAAGAACAGCAAAACAUGCUGUAUUCUGCUAUAUGGGAUAUGGAGACUUUGAUAGAUGAAUUGAAGCAAAAGGUUUCUACAGCUGAGAUCAAGGCUGAAAAUGCUGAAGACCAGUGUUUGUUGUUGACUGAUACCAACUCGGAGUUAACCAAAGAGAUUGAGUUUUUAAGGGCUGAAGUUGACUCACUUGAAACAUCUUUGAGUCAUGCUAAUCUCGACAAAAUGGCUAGUGCAAAGGAUAUUAACAUCAAGACGAAGCGUAUUAUGGAUACAGUCGUGCAAAUUGCCACAGAACGGGAGCGUAUAACAAAGCAGUUGCGUUCUCAAACCCAGGAGAAAAGGAUUUUGAUGGAAACGCUACGAAAAAUCGAUAAGAACACAUACGCAAGUAUGUAUCCAGAUCCAGAAGGAGGCAUCGAAGACAAAAACUCGAUAUCUUCUAGUCAAUGUAUAAAAGAUGCAACGUUAACGGAAAAGUUACAACAAAACUCAACAAAAUCCUCAUCAGAACGCAAAAAGGCAGCAGGUUGAAGAAAUAAACGUUUUAAACGAAAGAUGACCCUCAACCAGAGUCAUACAUUACUGAUUCGGUUAACCAUAAGAACCACAAUCUUUGUGUCGGUGUUGGCAGCAUUCUUUUUUGACCGGCAACCGUAGAUUUUGAUGUUAAUUUGGAUUGAUUUUACCACGAGAAACAUUUGUUUUUGCAUGUAGCAUUUUUUUGGAUAAUCAUCUAAUUUGUGUAUAUGUUGAUCAUUGUUUUUCAUAGUUGAUUUGUGAAUAUAUUGUACAUGAUUGAUUCUUUGUAACGAUAACUCGAAUAUUCAAAAUAUCAUUAAUAAUAUGGUAUACGUAGGUUUU